AGAUCGAUCGUUCGAUCGAAGCGACGACGAGAUCGCAGUCGCGAUCGUACGCUUGUAAAUCGGCAACGGACCGGUGUUUGCGGUCAAUGAAGGCACGUAAGAGCCGCGAGAAAAGUAAGUUCACCAAUCAUACAGGCCGACUGUAGUGCCGCUCGAGUUUCCUCUCCGAUAAUCGGUGCAGGCCAGUCGAUACGCCGUGGAAAGAGAUCCUCCUUGAGACGAAGGGAUUGACACAGCCCAGGCCCGAACGAAACCUCCCCCUUUAUCGCGACUUAACCGUACGUUGCGGUGUGUCAGUGCUAACAGCUGCCAAAGAUGCAACGGCAAGGUGCGAGACUCGCUCAGACAGAGAGAGAAAGAAUAACAAUUCUCCUCCUUGUUUUGCCCCGUUGACGACUCCUCUUUUGAGAGAUAGCACCUUGGAAUACAUAUACAUAUAUAUAUGCAUUCAUACGACUUGUCGUAGUUGGUCCGCUUAGGGAACCGACCGAUGCGACCACGCUCUCUAUUGCCUCUCUAAACGUCGCGUCUCUUUCUCACCUUCUUUCCAUCUCUUUCUCGCCUUCUCUCUCUUUCUCUCUUUUCACUUGCGUAUACAAACGCAGAUCUCCAGAUCUCGCGCUGUCGUUUUUAAUCGACAAAUGCUCUGAAAGCGGAAUCGCAAAGUGGGGUGGAUACAGGGUAGGAGCUCUCCCGUUGCUAUGGUGACCCCGGAUGCCCGGGACCAGAGCUGCUAGUGGAAUUACACAGUGCAGAGGCAUACACGUCUAUAAUGUGUAUAAUAUAAAAGCCAAGUUUGAAAGCGCACGGCCGUGUUUUAGACGAUUCUCGACCGACAACGAGGGCGAACUUGAAGAACUCGGGGGCGUUUUAGGGGGUUCCACCGCCGGUGCGCUUGCCCUCGGCGGCAGGCACAAGCCGGAAGAGCUCUCCACAUUGGCGGCCAAUACCAGGUUCUCCAGGAAAGAGAUACAGCUUAUCUAUCGCGGAUUCAAGCAGGAAUGUCCUACGGGUCUCGUCGACGAGGAGGCUUUCAAGCAGAUCUUUUCACAGUUUUUCCCUCAGGGAGAUGCCAGCCAGUACGCCCACUAUGUCUUCAACACCAUGAAGAGAAAACCGUCUGGGAAAAUAAGCUUCGAGGAAUUUCUGACCAUCUUGUCGAAAGUUUCGAGAGGAUCGGUGGAGGAAAAACUUCAGUGGAUAUUUGGGCUUUACGACCUCGAUGGAGACGGACUGAUCAGUAAAGAGGAAAUGCUGGACGUGGUUGGUUCAAUCUAUGAGAUGUUGGGUCGUUACACUCAGCCACAAAUAGUUGAGCCGCAUUUGGCUGCUCGAGAACACGUCGAUCGUAUUUUCCACUUGAUGGACGCAAAUAAAGACGGCGUGGUGACAAUCGAGGAAUUAGUACAGUGGUGUUCCAAGGAUGAACAACUCUUGCGGAGUCUCGACACUCUCGACACUGUCUUAUGAGAUCUUUGCGAUUAUUUAUUGUAACCCUUACACAAUCCCCAAGAAAUUUGUCAGAAAUUUCCCUGAAAAUUGUGACGCAACGUUCGUACGAGUUCCGUGGGUAAUUUCUAGAAGUUCGAUUCUAAAUAUUUAACGAUUCACAGAGGAAAUUGAGUCUCGAUCGAAAGUGCUCGUCGAACGUUGUCUGUAAAUAUGUAUUUACCCUUCCUACCCAGUCUUUCAAGCGUGUUAUCGAAUGCACGAUGAAAUUAACAGUAUUAUCAGACAUCAUAUGUACAAUUCCUUCUCGCAUCGCGCACGUAAUCCUUAGGCACUUAACAGAUUAUUCGAUUGUUGUCGCGCGAUCGUGUAAAUUUUCAGAAAAAUAUUUCAGCUACGGGAGAAAAAAAAAAAAAAAAAAAAAAUGAAGAAGACGAAGCUUGUUCUAUUUCAUUGGCGCGGAUUCGAUAUAAUUCAGAGGGAACUGUCAGGUGGUAGGUAACGCGGAAUUGUUACUUAAAAUCGACGCGUCGGGAACACAAGUCGGUCUCCAGAUUCGUUAAAACGGAGACUGAAUUCUAUAUUCAAACGUAAUAUCUAUAUCUUUGGUAAAGAAUGGAUUUUAACGAUUUUACCACCGAUUAUGCUAAUAACAUUUCUCCGCAAAAUUCGCAAAGCGAAAUAAUCUAUAAUACGUAUUUCCUAAACGUCUAUAUUUCUUCUAAACUCCACUUUUCCUCCAUUUCGCGAGUUGAUGAAAAAUUUGAUGCUCGUCCUUUUAGAUGAGGUUUUCGUACGAUGCAGAAGUACGAAAGUAGUUUCACUUUUUCCCGACCGUUAAUAAAUUAUGUCUAAAUACGAGAAUAAUGUGUAAGUACGUACUUCGAUACUGACCACCGUUGUGGCGGUCAAGUGCGAUUUAAAGAUAUUUUCAAGGAGCUUCGACUAUUGUCCAUCGUUCGGGUCGUUUUCGUGUCUUGUUAUCUUUGCAGCGAAUGAUUUAGCUACAGAGAUUCAUCCGAAACUUUUACAUUCUACAGAUAAAAAGGAAAUUACGUCUAUGGCUAUUACAGAUAAUAAUAAGCGUUCAGGACAAGGAAUUGGAGUAGGGAAGAGACAGAGUUUAUUCAGAGUUUAUUCCGAGUUUCAAGAUCGUUAGAUUCAGGCAUAUGCGAAUAACGUUUGACAAUCGUUUUAAUCUUACCUCUCGUACGUGUGAACGUACGAAUAUAGACGUUUCCUUCGAUCUCGCCUUAUGCUCUUGAAUAUUUCCAGACACGUUGGAAACAUGGCAAGAAUUGUAAGGUCCACAAAUCGAUACCUUAGUUACAUAAACUUAUUGAUAAAACAUUCGCAUAUGUCUACCCUCUUUAUAGAUUGUAGAUUUAACGAUACCUCCAAAGACCCAUGUACGAUGGAAAACGUAGUUAGUGACCCGUUAAUAGCGUAUCGUAGUACCCUCGACCAAUUUAAGAGAAACGUGGUCCUCUAAGAUCAACGCCUCGUGUGAUUCUCUCGUACCUUAUUAUAUUUAUUAUUACUAUCACAUAAAAGAGUAUUGUUAUCAAUCUUACUACUUGUCUUCUAUCAAAUUGAAGCAAGAUAAUUGCGCGUGAAACUGUUGAG